AUGAUAUUGCAAGCAUAUCGGAGUAAUUUCGAUCUGGAUUCUGGUGGGAAUGAUCCAGUAUUUCAUCUUCUUCGUGCUAUUGAAGUAAUCGCUCAGCAAGAGGUUUGUGAAUUGGCUACACCGUUGAAUCAGCAAAUGGACAUUUCUGAGAUGAGUUUGAAGUUACGGCAGGCAGAGAACGAAAUGAAGAAGAGAAGGAAAACAAGUAACUCACUUCGAGAAAAGCUAAGAUCGAUUCGUCAUUGUCUUGUUUGUUUUUGA